AUGAUCCUGUUACACUCCCCACCUCUCCUCUCCAUCCUCCUGCUCCUCCUCCUCUCCAUCGCUGUCUUUGCCGAUACUCUUCCGCGCAACCCUCUUCGCGCCCGAUCUCUCCAUACUCUUUCAGCCUCAGAGGUCCAGCGGAUUACCGAAUUAGAUCCCCCAGAGUGGGACAGCGUGAGCGAAGGGCACUUGGGGAAAUUAUUGAUACCUAGAGCUUCUGGGUCAACGAACAACACACUUGUACAAGAAUACAUAUCCUCUGUUCUCACGAGACUCGGCUGGCACGAGGAAAAAACACCAUUUACAUGGGGAACGCCUAUCGGAGACGUAGACUUUACGAAUCUGGUAUACACUUUCAAUCCUGACGCACCUCGCAAGGUCGUUCUGGCAGCUCAUUUCGACUCAAAAUGGUUUCCUGAUUACCCCGCAAACCAGUUCAUAGGAGCAACCGACUCGGCAGCUCCCUGUGCAAUGCUUCUGUCUCUUGCCGAAUUCCUCACACCCCUCUUGUCUGCCCGCACGUCCCGCAUAUCUUCCCUUCAACCCCUCUCCCGGCCUUCCGAUCCAUCCUUCGACGAGGAAGAAGCCGCCGAGACCACCGUCCAGCUCAUCUUCUUUGACGGCGAGGAAGCUUUCCACGACUGGACGGAUACAGACUCCAUCUACGGAGCGCGAUUCUUGGCUCAAGAUUGGGCCGAGACUUUUUUGCCUCCUGAGCACCCUUUAUCACGCAGGAGGCUGAAUCCUGCGCCCACGACUCUUCAAACGAUCGACCACCUUAUUCUACUAGAUUUGCUUGGACAUCCCGAGACUACAUUGAGGAGUUACUAUCGAGAGACUGAUUGGCUCUUUGAUGGAAUGGCGGCGGUCGAUAAACGGCUUAGGGAGGCAGGGCUGGUAGAGGUCGAGGUUGUAGAGAAGUUCAAGGGGAGGAAAGGGGAGUGGUUUAUCAAGCAGAGAGGGUGGCCUGGAGCCAUCGGAGAUGACCACGUUCCUUUCGUGGACAGAGGUGUCAGUGUGCUGCACUUGAUAUCCGCGCCUUUUCCACCCGUUUGGCAUACCCUAGCAGACGACGCUUCUGCUUUGUCUUUACCUGCCCUGCGCAGAUGGAACAGGUUACUGAGAGUGUUCAUGUGCGAAUAUCUACAACUCAGUCCGGACGAUUCGACCCCGGAUGACGGAGAGGGGUCAAAUAGGGCGAGGGACGAUCUUGUGGGUUCCUGA